CGGUAUUGAAGUCGCCGGGGCUUACUCGAUCUUACUUCUCUUACUUAGCUUACUUGGCUUACUUGGCGCGAUUGUCUAUACCGCCCUAUAGUCCGUGCAGUGGCGCAAUAAACUCCUAAUUUGCAAGAUGAAAACGAUUGCAACUUUGGGAGCCGGGAAAUCCAGUGGCAUUCAUCAGAACCAGCGACUGCGCCAUCGCGACUUGCGCAUGCGCGCGCCCCCGGCCCCCCAAAAUAAGCUGGGUGUUAUUAGUUUGAUAACAAUAUAGUUGUAGGCUUGACAGACGUGAGAAGGGAGCAUUCUAGGCCCCCGACACGAGUAAGCCGAGUAAGCCAAGUAGGAUCGAGUAAGCCCCGGCGACUCCGAUUGCCAUCGGAAGUUUGUUCUGAAAACCGCUAUAAUAGGUUGCACUGUUGACGUGAGCUCAAGCUUUCCGCUUAGAAGAGUAGUUGCUAGCAGUGCUAGUGAAGCUGCGUAUACUGUAACUUUCCUGAAGUCGUCAAUUUUUUCUACGCUGCAUACGCACCCUCAUGAUAAUCCUGGUUGUCAUAGAACAUGCCACCUAGACGGGCUCGAGUCCCUGCAACUCUCGAGAGCCGCAUCAAGCAAGGUCUGCAAUACUUUGCUGGCCUGCGCGAGGACGAGGCAGCAGAUGUUGCCCGUGCAAAGGACCUGGGCGAUGCACUCCUUGAAGCUGACAUGAACAUUAUCAGCAAUACCGGGAUUUUGAGCGGCAUCGUGGCUGCGCAUGCCUGGGCCGCGCGUGCGCUUGCCGUUGACGUUCUGAACGACUCGGCUUACGUCGCUUUUGUAGCGACCGCAACUAAUCUAGGAGAACUGCUCAGCAGCCAGCCGGGCGACCAAGCUUACGGCAGGCAGGACCGGUUGGUCCGAGCCCUGCUGAGGGCGGACACGCUCGCCGUGCACGCGAGGCUGUGUACGGACGCUCGCGCCCACCCCCGGGAUGCUGGCCUCAAGCACGAGCUGGUGACGGCGCUGGCGCACACGCAGCUGCUCGAGCACGCCGCGCGGGCGCUGCUAAGCGCCGCCCAGGCCAUUCAGCCCGCAUCCAGCGAAGGAACUUCAGGGGCGGCUGCAGCUUCGGGAACGGGGCUUCCACCUGAGAGCUGGAUAACCGUGUCGGGCGUAGCAACCACAUUUGCCCACGCGCUUUCGUGCCUGGUGGGCACAGACCUGCGCACUACCGCGCUGUGCCCACGACCCCGCGAACGGGACGCAUCUGUGGAGGUGUCGCAGAAUUCGAGGCAGCUACAACUGCUGGAGCAGCUGCGGCCGCUGCUGGCCAGCCGCUGCGUGCAGCUCUGCACGGGAUGGGCGGGCCUGUGUGCGGCCAUUACCGUACGGCAGCGGGCAGCGGACGACAGCGCUCAGCAGGGCUUGGUACCAACUGCGUCGCAGCUGUGGCACGGGCUGCCGUCGGAGCUGAUACGGCCGCUGCAGCUGCCGCCGCAGGCCACUGUGUCAAGCCAGGAUAUGGUGCGCACAGCGACCCUGGCACUGCCUAUGGUCCUGCAGGUGACGGUCAGCGGCCCCUGCGACCUGGCCAUCGCCCAGCCGCCCGUGGGCUACGACCGCCUGCCGCACAGGCAGCCACAGCCGCAGCGACCAUCGGCGGGGCCAUCAGCAGCGGGGUCAGCAGCAGCGGAGGGGCCGGCUGCAGCACCAGCACCAGCUUCGUACAGCGCCGUAAACGCGUACGGGCUGCUUAAGGCAUUAUGGCACUGCCUGGCCUGUGACCGCGCCACUUACACGUGCAACCUGUGCGCAGUCGCCACGGUAAUGACCCGGCUGCUGACGGAGCUGCGGCCGCGGCAGGCGGCGGUGCUGCUGCCGAGUUGGUGGCAGCUGCUGGCGCAGGAGCCGUCCAUGCUCAUUGAGGGGUACGGGCUUGCGCAGGACGCAGGGGAGCUGCUGCGGCUGCAGUUGAAUGCGCCGCCGCCGGUCGCGUGGGCUGUUGGGGUGACGGAUGCAGCUUCCGUGGCUGCGGCGAGUGUGGACUGGCCGCCGGAAGCGGCGGAGGUGCAGGACGCGGAGGCGGCGACAGCAGCGAAGGCAGCAGCCAGCCUGGCGCGUGAGAGGGACCCCAGCUACAGCCUCCGCUGCGCGCUGGACGCGGGGCUGCUGUCAGUUAUGGAACGGUGCCUUCGCGCGCCACAGGCCUGGCGGCAAUCCAACAGCGUGAGCAAGCUGCUGUACGUCGUAAACUGCGUGCUGCGCUACUCGGGCGUGUGGCCCGCGGUGCUGGCUCGCGGUCCCGUGCAGCAGGCGGUGUCGCUGAUUGCCACGCUGGGCGCAGCAGCUCGGCUGCUGCAGGAGAAGGACACGUCACUGGACGUGAUAAGCCGUGCCUCCCAGCCUGGCAUGCAAACAACGGCAAGGUGCGGCGCCGGCGGCUACCUGUGUGCCUACCUGUCCGCAAUGCUGGAGCAGGUCGUGGACGUGCGGGCGCUGGGCGAGGGCGCACAGCAGCAGCAGCAGCGGGAGGAGCAGCAGGCAGCAGCUAUCGAUGCUACGGCCACAGCCGCAAUUUCCACCCCACUGCACCUCAACUCGGUGCUGGAGCAGGUAGUGGAUUCGAAGGACGGCAGUGUCGAGCCCUCCACGUGCUCCAUCGCCUGGAUGGCGGCGGCGGGCGGCCUGCCAGCUGCCGGCUCCACAGCGUACCGGCAGCAGCAGCUGCUCACGAGCUUCGCGGUGUACCAGUGGCUGCCCAUGCUGGCAAAGGCAACGGAGGAUGCCUUGUGGAGUAGUGAGGCGGGCGCCGAGGGCUGGCUGUCGCAGGCGCUCCUGGUGGGGCACCUGGUGAUGGAUGUGCUCUGGCGCGAGGAGCGCCCGCCAGCUGAAGCCGACGAGGGCGCUGGCUCACGCAACCGACGACAGGACGCGGCGUGGUGGGAGGGCGUGACGCAGACUGGCCAGCUUGCGAAGAGCAUGCACAAUAUUAUGGACGUGCUGGCAACAGACGCCGUAAGGCCGCUGCUGCUUGAGCACUGUGAACAGUGGCAGCAGGCAGCCGUGUUGGACCUGUUGCAAUCCUAUUGGACACGCUUUGCGGGGGCGGCGCGUGUCACGAUACGUGCGUGGGCGAUACGGGCGGCCGAACAACAGCAUCAGCGGACGGAUGGAAAGCAGCAGGCUGGGCAGGCGGCGGAGGGCGGGAAGGGCAGCAGCACGAGCAGCCUUGGCGACAGCACAGCACAGCAGCGGCAGGCGCCACCGCCCGAGCUAGUGCUGCAGUGCUUGACGCCGCUGCCGAUGCAGCAGCUGGCAGCGGUGCACGGGCGGCAGGACAUGGUGGAUUACCUGGACGCAGUAGCUAAGGGUUUGAGAGGGGAAAUGAUGAUUGAGUGCGGCAGUGCCGGCGCCGGCGGAAGCGGCAUGGGGGUGCAAGGGCCUGCCAGCAUGGAGGGCGGCGCGUCGCACGCUAGCGCCACGGCGGAUAGGUUGAGGGCGAAGUGGGUUGGCGCCGUGCGGCCGCGGUACCCGUGGCUGUUGUCUCAAGGCCAGGCACAGGCGGGGCUGCAUGACCUGAUGGUCGCAGAGGCGGCGGCUGCAGCGGCAGCUACUGCUACGGGCGAGCCCUCAGUAGCCUGCGGCGGCGGUGGCAGCAGCGGGAGCAGUAGCAGGAGCAGUAGUGGGCAGGGCAGCAGCAGCGAUGGGCCGGUAUUUGAGCACAAGCUGUGCUACAACCCGCGCUGCUGCUCGCUGGACGGCCCCAGCGCGUUGGUUGCGCCCCGCGGCGGCAAGACGUGUGUGCGGUGCCGUGCUGCCACGUAUUGCUGCGGCGCUUGCCAGCUUGUGGACUGGCGUGAGCGGCACUCUGGCACCUGCAGUGGAGCCGCCGCGGCGGCGGCAGGGUCAGCAGGGACAGCGAAGGCAGCGCUGAAGAAGGCAUGAAUGCUACGGGCGAGCCCUCAGUAGCCUGCGGCGGCGGUGGCAGCAGCGGGAGCAGUAGCAGGAGCAGUAGUGGGCAGGGCAGCAGCAGCGAUGGGCCGGUAUUUGAGCACAAGCUGUGCUACAACCCGCGCUGCUGCUCGCUGGACGGCCCCAGCGCGUUGGUUGCGCCCCGCGGCGGCAAGACGUGUGUGCGGUGCCGUGCUGCCACGUAUUGCUGCGGCGCUUGCCAGCUUGUGGACUGGCGUGAGCGGCACUCUGGCACCUGCAGUGGAGCCGCCGCGGCGGCGGCAGGGUCAGCAGGGACAGCGAAGGCAGCGCUGAAGAAGGCAUGAACUGACGAAGUGCAACAGCAGUAUGGACCCGAAGACUGCGCUUCAAAUGCGGCGUUUUGCGGUUUGUAUGAGAGUGAGAGUGCGAUGCAUGGCGUGGACUCUUGGGUCGUUUGCCACGCCGAGCGUGCAGCAAGAAGCGCUCAAAAAGCCCAAUUGGCUCUGCUUUGCAUUAGCGCAUUACGGUUGAUGACCGCUGACGCGGGUGGUCCGCGCCUUCAUCGGCCGGGAUUACAGAGCGGACUCCACACCGAAUGUAUGAGUGCCAGACCUGCGAUGCUAAUCUUACUUCGCCAAGGCUAGCCUCCUCGCUCCUUUGAGGCUUGAUACCGUAUCAAGGUUUUGGGCAGGAGUAGGGGCAUCAUGAGCGGCGGCGGGGUAACAGGGUGGGGUACAGGCUGCAGUGUUGUUCGGGUUUGGGCGCGUUCUAGGCAUGUGGCACCCGUAUGUGGCAGAGCAAUUUGACUGUCCCCAACAUGUUUAUGUGCCCGCCGAGAAUGCUAAGCUGACGGUCUGAACUUCGCGGUUUUUGUAGUUGCACGACUGUAUGUCAUUAGAGUUUCGGCCAUUGUCGCAGGUGCAGGCGCAGUGCAGUAGAAUGCAGGGGCGUGGGCGAGGAGGAGAGGGCUGACGGACAACUGGAGGCCGUGAUGCGGCGGUAGAUACGGUAGGUACAGGACUGGGAGGCGCACCAAAUGCAUGACUGACUUACCAGUGCACGGCUGAACGCGAUGGCUACAUGUGCGGACUGCGGACGGGCUUGGAACAUCAGCUUAUGAAUGAGGGACGGUGCACUGUUGCCGACGCAUUCGGCCUAUCACGGCAUGCACUCACAUGGCAUCAUCUCGCUCUACACCGCCAGUCUUUGGUGCCACGGCAAGAGGUGGGGCCCCGGUGGAUGGGUGUGCAGGAGGGCGGGGUGGUUUGGCGGUAGGGAUGGGAGUGCGGAAGUGGACGACAAGGUCAAGCUUGCAGGAGGUGUUGUUUGCGGUAACAGCUGGAUGGUGGCAUGUUUUGUCGUUGUAAUAUGGGACAAGCAGCAUGAGGAUGCGUUGUCGAGGAUCAAGUUCACGAGCAUGCCAUCAGGUGAGUUGAACAAGAAAGGCCGUUAGUAAGGGCGUGCUAUGGCUGCUGCAAGUUGUUUCGGGUUAAGGAGGAGGGUGGCAUCCCUGGCCACUGGCGAUCCACCGGGUCACCUGCGCAAGGUAGGCGGUGGCGAGCUCCUUGUUGUUGGGGGGGGGCGGGUGGCACAGCCGCACAGCCGGUUUGGUGGUUGGAUGACGGUGGCAGUGCCGGGCCAGUUCCUGAUACCUUCCGUACUCGUGAUGAGCCGUGUGUGACAUCCGUACUCGUGAUGUUCGGUGUUUGUGUCAUAGCCUUGGGCAAACCUAACUGAGCAUUUACGUGGUUUCGAGUCCAACUCGGACACCUGCAAUUCAUCUGUGAUCUGUCAGCUGAGAGCACGCACAUGACGGACGCGGGUCUGCUGCACGUGGCGUACGGCUGCCCCGCCCUGCACAGCCUGCGCUUCAGCGCCACGGGCAUCGCCGAUUGGGGCGUGCGCCGACCGGUGGUGCUGGCAGGGCCUCUGCCCGGUGUUCGCGUCGUGGUCGCAGCAGCAGGGGCAGAAGGCUGGAGGGGCGGCGUUAAGGCGGCAGGCGCUGUGGGUGCCGAGGCACGGGCGGCUUGCAACCAGAUGGCAGCGCGCUGUUGGUUGGGACGUUGGGUUGCACUUGGGGGUGCGCUGGGUGAUAACUUUGUUGCAGGAACGGUGGUAGGCGCCUGGCGUGCGGUAUCCCGCGAGCAGCGGGUGCGCCGCGACGCGUUGACCACUCAGCCUGGCUGCGCACGCUAUGGUCAACUCGGCAU